AUGAGGCUCGCAGCUUCUCUCGUCAUAUGUCUGGCUACGUUAGUAUGCGCCCGAGAAUGGGUGACGACCACGGAAAUUGAAUCUCAGCGGUUAGACGAAGAUGACGAGGCUGCUUCCAGCAUGGAAGAGAUUGGCGUUGAAACAGGAUACAGCAUUACUUGUUACGACAGCACUCGGAUUCCGGCAUGCGAUGUGGCCGAGGUGAUCACCCUCCUUCCUGCUGGACCACAGACUACUAGUAUUCACGAUGGAAUGAUAGUUGUUGAUGGAGAUGAGCUGCUAUAUUCUACCCAGAUGACGGCACAACCCAUUGAGGAGGAGCACAGCUCAUCUAUACCCGACACAGUGACUGCGGAAACCACAGCUGAAGCAUCUGACAUCGAGGUCACCAUGUCGUGGAGUAGCUCCAGUCUGCCUGCCUCCACACAUAUGAUGAGUCGAACAACAUCCGGAUCAGUUAGUAGCACCCUAAGUGCUGGGCCUGGUGUGGAAAGUGUUCAGGGCAGUAUGAGUCUUAUGACUACUCAGAGUCGUGCGUCGAGUACCUCCCUAACCAGCUCGUCGGCACGCAGCACUGGGGCGGCACCAAUAGCGACGGGGGAGCUGGCUAUGAUGGCUGGUGCCGCCGCGAUGGUGUUGUUGGUUGCUGUCCUGUGA